AUGAAACAAAAGAUCCUUGCUGCAGCGGCAGUGGCCGUGGCUCUCGCGAGUGUUGCAGUAGAUGCGGCCACUCCCGCGCAGUGGCGCUCCAAGGCUAUUUACCAGGUUCUUACAGAUCGAUUUGCUCGGACGGAUGGUAGCACUACAGCUACGUGUAACACCCCGGAUCGUGUGUAUUGUGGUGGUAGCUAUCAGGGCAUCAUCAACCAUUUGGAUUAUAUCCAGAACAUGGGAUUCAGUGCUAUCUGGAUCUCACCCAUCACCUAUAAUAUCCCUGAUACGACUGCAUAUGGGGAUGCUUUCCAUGGAUACUGGCAACAGAACUUGUACGAGCUGAAUUCAAACUUUGGCUCAGGUUCCGAUCUAAAGAACGUCGCUACGGCCUUACAUGAUCGCGGAAUGUACUUAAUGGUCGACAUUGUCGUCAAUCACAACGGCUGGAAAGGAAAUGAGAGCUCCGUCAACUACUCUAGCUUCUACCCGUUCAAUCAAGAGUCAUACUAUCACUCAUACUGUGCUAUCACCGAUUACAACAACCAAGACAACGUCGAAGAUUGCUGGCUGGGUGACUCGAACGUUGAGCUAGUGGAUUUGAAGACUGAGAACUCUACUGUGGCGAGCAUGUAUAACACGUGGAUUACCCAAUUAGUUUCGAACUACAGUAUCGAUGGGCUACGUGUUGAUACUGCUAAGCACGUGGACAAGAACUUCUUCCCCGAAUUCAGCUCCGCAGCUGGAGUAUUCAUCACUGGAGAAGUAUACGACGGUGAUCCUUCUUACACCUGCCCUUACCAAAACUACAUGGACAGCAUACUCAACUAUCCAACCUACUAUCCCCUUCUCUCCGCCUUCCAAUCCACCUCAGGCAGCAUCAGCGAUCUCGUCAAUCAACUCAAUACCAUGAAGUCCACCUGCAAAGACACCACCCUGCUCGGCAGCUUCUCUGAAAAUCACGACCUCCCCCGCUUCGCCUCAUACACGCAAGAUAUCUCCCUUGCUCAAAACAUCAUCGCCUACACCAUCCUCUCCGACGGAAUCCCAAUCAUCUACGCCGGCCAAGAACAGCACUACGACGGCGGCAAUGACCCUAACAAUCGCGAAGCAACCUGGCUGAGCGGCUACAACACCGACUCCACACUGUACAAGCACGUUGCGAACCUCAACCAGAUUCGGAACCAAGCUAUCUACAAGGAUAGCACGUACCUGACGUAUCAGAACUGGGUUAUCUACUCUGAUACUACUACUAUCGCGAUGCGGAAGGGGUAUGAUGACAAGCAGAUCAUCACUGUUUUGAGCAACAAGGGCGCGAGUGGAGCCAGCUACACCCAAGCUAUAGGCAACACGGGGUGGAGUGCUGGGACUAGUGUGGUGGAGGUGCUGUCGUGUACGACGACGAGUGUGGAUAGUAGUGGGAACUUGCAGGUUCCGAUGGCAAGUGGGUUGCCGAGGGUUUAUUAUCCCACGGCGGAGCUUUCGGGGAGUGGUAUCUGUGGGCAAUGA